UGGGGUCUCGGCGCUUGAACAUCACAUGAUCGUCGAGUCACAUGACUUUGUUUUGGCGAAAAUGACAGCUAGCGUUACAGCAUCUACUAUAUAUUUAUGUACUGUUUUUAUUGUUUUAUUCAAUGUAUAUGUCGACAGCCAGGAUACUGACGCACAGUUGUGUCAAAUGUGUGAAGGGACUGUAAGACAAGACAGUCCUGUCUGGGAUUUCUGCCUAACAAAAGGCCAUAUUAAGGGACGCUGCUGUUUUAGAAAUAAUACCAGUAAUGAAGAUACCAUUAUAGGGUUGGACUUGGCAAACUGCUCUAUUAGUCAUGUAGAGCACCUGUAUAAUUCAUCCACAGCAUUCAUAAUAGACCUCUCCAACAACCCAAUCUCCAAUCUGAGCGAUUUCAUAUUUCAGGGUUUUAGCCAGCUUACCCAACUUCUACUACCCUCAAAACUGGAGUGUCCCGGGGGUAAUGCAUCAUGGGAGAAGGUUGAAGUGAAAAACAAUGCCAAAAUCUGCGAAGGACAGAUAAAUAUUUGCAAUCAGACUGCACAGAUGCCCUGGGAUUGCCCUGAAAACUCAUUCUGCAGCCCAUUUGGACCAGGGUUCUUUGAGUGUAGUUGUCUGCAUAAUUUCCAUGGAUACAAGUGCAUGAGACAGGGCGAGUUUCCUAUAGUUAAGGUACUUGGGAUACUAACCGGAUCUACAGUUGUGGUUUCAUCUUUACUCUGGUUCACACAAAGACGAAAGGUCAAGAACACUUGAGUUUUAAAGAAAACUGACUGUUGGACUGACAGUGGAGCCACAACAUGCAUCAAACUUACUGGAAACGGUGCAGGAGACACCAAAGAGUUUCAUACACUGGACGGUGUGACCCAUCUGCAGAACAUUUGAGUUUCUUGUUUUUAUACUUGCCAAAAGCAGGUUUUUUUUUAAUUAACUUUCCUUUCCUUUAACCCUCAAAAUCCUUAAACAUUUUUAUGAAUACGUAUUUUGAAAGCUUUCAUGAAUACGUCACAUUUUCACAGCCUUGACGAGGCUGGUCCGUAAAGGGGAAACUGACCGUAGACUGACCUCGCUGAUUGUGUUUGGAGGGCAGCCACAUUUCUGACCGAUGUUUAGACACUAAACAUGUCAACGUGAAGCACUGAUCUAUUAUAACAAUGAGAAAUAUUUUGUGUUGCUUUAAGAUAAAUAAUUAUCUUAAUUUUUAAAGAUGUUUACUUAAGUGUUUACUUAAAAAGUAGUGUUUUGACUUAGAAAAAGAUUGAAUUUUACAGAUGGGGAAAUGUAGAUUGUUACUUCCACAUCCUGCUGUUUACAGAUGUCACAUGUUAUGUCCUAACUGAUUAUCCUUCAACCUCUUUAACUAUGCUUUUCUGUUUUUGGCAACGUAAGAGUGUAAAAGGGAAUCGGUUCCAUCUUGAGAUAUAUAGACAGACACACUAUUAGAAGAACACUGACAUACGUAAAUGACAUUGUUCAGGUUUUUGUCAAUAAUGUAGGAUUGUGAUAGGGAAUUCAGAAUGUACCUUAACAGCCUGGUACCUGAAAUAAAGAUUUAUCACA